CAGGGGUCAGGCCGGGUGCAUGGGCCGCGGGCUGAAAGCAUCCCCUCCUCCUCCACCCCAGACACUAACCCUCAGACAGAGUGAGAGACAGCACCCCCCACCCCACCCCACACACUGCCAGAGAGAGAUGUCCUACUGCCGGCGGCACGGCAAAGACAAGGUCAUUUUUGUCACCAAGGAGGAUCACGAAGCUCCCAGUAGCGCUGAGUUAAUCGAGGAUGAUCCCAAUGAUCCGUACGAAGAACAUGGUCUGAUCCUGCCAAAUGGCGACAUCAACUGGAACUGUCCCUGCCUGGGCGGGAUGGCGAGUGGUCCGUGUGGGGAGCAGUUUAAAUCGGCCUUCUCCUGUUUUCACUACAGCAAGGAAGAGGUGAAAGGCUCCGAUUGUCUGGAGCAGUUCCGAACAAUGCAGGAAUGCAUGCAGCGUUACCCAGACCUGUACCCGCAGGACGAAGAGGUGGGGGAGGAGGAAGAAGACAGCAGCAAAGGGAAGACUGACCUCCCAGCACAAGAGAUACCAGCCUCCCAGAGUCAGGGCUCCAGCUAAUAGGAAGAGGGUGGGGGUCCUCCUACUCCCCCAGACUGCUGUCCCCUGUUCACCCUCUCUGUUCACCACCCCCUCAUGUCAAGCCAAUGCCAAACAUCAGAAAGACGGAAAAAAAACAGAAAUUGCUGGAAAAACUCUGGCAGCAUCUGAGAGAGAAAGCAGAGUUAACUUUUUGGGUCCAGCAACCCUCCUUCAGAACUGCUUCAGCAUUGAGUCACUGAAUCUGUUUUCUCUCCUCAGCCGCUGCCAGAGUUUUUCCAGCAAUUUCUGUUUUUUGUUUCUGAUUCCCAGCACCUCCAGUUCUUUGGGGUUUUUUUUGACAAUUUUUAAUUCUUGUGUGUGGAGGGGAUUUUCUUGAAACUGCAAAGGGGCUGGAGCGAAGCAGAACAGAGUUAGUGGGUGGGGAGGGCAUCUCACCUUGAUGCUCAGGAGGUGGAAAGUGGCACCUUAGCUCUAAAUGUUGACAGUGGGGACCAUGCUGAGUGUCACCAUCUGAGACAGGGAAUACAGCCCUGGUUGGGAUGGCGGGGGGAGGGGAAGAGCAAAUUCAAUCCUCAAAUCGCACUGAGCUGUUACCCAGUGUAACAACCUCCCUCCAAACCAAAAUGCAGGAAACAAUUGUGUUCUAGUAAAUUAAAAAUAUUUUUACCUUGUA